UUUCUUCUUCUUCCUGACUACCCACUAGCCGCAGUAUUUGCCUCAUCAGACUGGUGUUUCUGAAGGCAGUUCUUAAACACUUCAGAAUCUAGAUUCUAUCCCCGACGCCAGUCUUGACAAACGCUGCUCCUCCAACUUGUCGAGUAGCCAAGAUGGUUCACCUGAGCAACAUCCCCAACGCUGAGGACUCGGAGAAGAACCUCCUCUCAGAGGUCAAGAAGAAGUUCCACCUGAACCUCGCUGAGCACGAUGACUGCUUCACCACCUCCGUCUACGGCACCAAGUUCGCAGCGGCUGACCUUCCCAGGCAUGAGAUGCCCGAGGGGGAGAUGCCUAGGGACGUCGCCUACAGAAUGAUCAAGGACGAGCUGUCGCUGGACGGCAACCCCAUGCUGAAUCUCGCCUCGUUCGUGACCACAUACAUGGAGGACGAGGCCGAGAAGCUUAUGACCGAGUCCUUCUCCAAAAACUUCAUCGACUACGAGGAGUACCCUCAGUCGGCCGAUAUCCAGAACCGCUGUGUGAACAUGAUCGGGCGUCUGUUCCACGCACCUACCGGCCAGGACGAGGGUGCGAUUGGCACGAGCUGCAUUGGCUCCUCUGAGGCCAUCAUGCUGGGCGUGCUGGCCAUGAAGCGUCGCUGGAAGAACAAGAGAAAGGCCGAGGGCAAGUCGACCGAGAACCCCAACCUGGUCAUGUCGUCUGCCGUCCAGGUCUGCUGGGAGAAGGCCACCCGCUACUUUGAGAUCGAGGAGAAGCUCGUCUACUGUGCCGAGGACCGGUACGUCAUCGACCCCAAGCAGGUUGUCGACCUGGUCGAUGAGAACACCAUCGGCAUCUGCUGCAUCCUUGGUACGACCUACACGGGUGAGUACGAGGACGUCAAGGCCGUAAACGACCUGCUUGUCGAGCGCGGCAUGGAAACGCCUAUCCACGUCGAUGCGGCCAGCGGUGGCUUCGUUGCACCCUUCACCGUGCCAGACCUCGAGUGGGACUUCCGCUUGCCCCGCGUGGUCUCGAUCAACGUGUCGGGCCACAAGUAUGGUCUCGUCUACCCCGGCGUGGGCUGGGUCGUCUGGCGAGGCGCCGAGUACCUGCCGCAGGAGCUCGUCUUCAAUAUCAACUACCUCGGUGCCGAUCAGAGCUCCUUCACCCUCAACUUCUCCAAGGGCGCCUCGCAGGUCAUCGGCCAGUACUACCAGCUCAUCCGCCUCGGCAAGCACGGCUACAAGGCUAUCAUGUCCAACCUGACCCGGACCGCCGACUACCUCUCUGACUCUCUGGAGGCUCUGGGCUUCGUCAUCAUGUCCAAGAAGUCCGGUGAGGGUCUCCCACUGGUCGCUUUCCGCUUGAAAACCAACGAGGACCGUGCAUAUGACGAGUUCGCCCUCGCCCACCAGCUGCGCGGCCGCGGCUGGGUCGUGCCGGCUUACACCAUGGCGCCCAACACGAACAACCUCAAGAUGCUGCGCGUCGUCGUGCGUGAGGACUUUACGCGCAACCGAUGCGACGCCCUCAUUGCCGACAUCAAGCUGUGCACGCAGCUGCUCGAGCAGUUGGAUGCAGAGACCAUCAAGAAGCAACAGGAAUUCAUCCACAAGCACCAUACGCACAGCGCCAAGUCCACACACAACCACGCCAAGUACAAGAACGAGAAGCACUCUCUUGCGGGCAAGACUGGCAAGACUCAUGCCGUGUGCUAA